CGUGAGACGAGCUUCGUAUAGUUUGUUUCAACACCCUAAUGGGAUUCUGGCAGCCCUGAGUCACCUUGAGUGCUGCUAAAAUGGCCACAAGAAGCAGAGUUGUGCUGCAGAGGGUUCUGACUGGGCUCAGAGCUCACAGUGUUUGGUACCAAACCUCAGGUAAAGGAAGCCUCCUGUGGAAAACUCAGCUGAGACACCUGAGCUGCUCUGACAGACAGCACAGACCUACCUCUGUGUCCUCAGGACCCAGCAGUUUGUCAUUCAGGAGCCACACCUGUGGGGAGCUGAGGCCACAUCAUGAUGGAGAGAAGGUCACUUUGUGUGGCUGGGUCCAGUACCUCAGACAAGACCUGUUUGUCAUCCUGCGAGAUUUUAGUGGUUUGACUCAAGUUUUAAUUCCUCAAGAAGAAUCUGCGAGCAGCUUGAAAGCGGUGCUGAGUGGUCUGACGGUGGAGUCGGUUGUCAAGGUUACAGGAACAGUCAGGAAACGACCAGCGGGGCAGGAGAACAAGGGGAUGUCCACAGGAGACAUAGAGGUUCUGGCUGAGAAUGUAGAAGUGUUCAACGUGUGCCAAAAGCUGCCUUUUGAGAUUAAAGAAUUUGUCAAAAAGUCGGAGUUUCUGCGGAUGCAAUAUCGCUACCUGGACCUGAGGUCGUCGCAGAUGCAGAACAACCUCAGAAUGAGGUCUCAGCUGGUGAUGAAGAUGAGAGAAUUUCUCUGUAAUGUGCACGGAUUUGUGGAUGUGGAAACACCUACUCUUUUCAAAAGAACACCAGGGGGGGCCAAAGAGUUUGUGGUUCCCUCCAGAGAGGCGGGCCUGUUUUACUCUCUGCCUCAGAGUCCGCAGCAGUUUAAACAGCUCCUGAUGGUGGCUGGUGUGGACCGGUACUUCCAGGUGGCUCGGUGCUACAGAGAUGAAGGCUCCAAACCAGACCGGCAGCCGGAGUUCACGCAGGUGGACAUAGAGAUGUCUUUCGUGGACCAGGCGGGUGUCAUGUCUCUGGUGGAGGGUUUGUUGCAGCACUCCUGGCCAGCAGAGAAAGGCCUCCUUCAGGUUCCUUUCCAGACUCUGACGUAUAACGAAGCCAUGAGAGACUACGGUGUGGACAAACCUGACACCAGAUUUAACAUGAAGUUGGUGGACCUCAGUGAGGUUUUCCUGUCCACACAAAUUGAAUUCCUCAAAUCAGCUCUGAGCCAGCCCGCAGGUUCUGUUCAGGCCGUCUGCGUCCCAAGUGGGGCGAAACUUCUGACUGGGAAAGAUUUGGACGAGCUGAAACAAACAGCCAAGACUCAGUUUGGACAGGAGCUGAGCCUGGUGCUGGUCAGAGAGGACGGGACGGUGAAGUCGCCCCUGAAGAAGCUGCUGUCUGUCUCUGAAACUGAAAACCUGCUGAGAAGGACUGAAGCCACACCAGGAGACCUGCUGCUCAUAGCAGCUGGACCAGUCCACACUGUGCGCCCGCUGCUCGGUAAUCUUCGUCUCCAGUCUGCUCAGCUCCUCGAGACUCGUGGCCAUCCGCUCCGCGACCCCUCUGCCUUCCACUUCCUGUGGGUCGUGGACUUCCCUCUCUUCUUACCCAAAGAAGAGAAUCCAGAGGAGCUGGAGUCGGCACAUCAUCCGUUUACAGCUCCACGACCUGAGGACAUGGAGUUACUCCUCACAGAGCCUCACAGGGUGCGUGGGCAGCACUAUGACCUGGUGUUGAACGGCUGUGAGAUCGGAGGAGGCUCCAUCCGGAUCCACAAGGCCUCAGAGCAGCUGCACGUCCUGAAGAAUGUCCUCAAAGAGGAGUCCAGUCUCCUGUCCCACCUUCUGGAGGCUCUGGACUCAGGAGCACCACCUCAUGGAGGCAUUGCUCUGGGUUUGGAUCGGCUCGUCUCCAUUAUGGUCGGAGCUCCCAGCAUUCGUGACGUCAUCGCCUUCCCCAAGUCGUUACGUGGUCACGACCUCAUGAGCCACGCCCCUGACACGCUCUCCGAGGAGGAGCUGAAGCCCUAUCAUAUUUCUGUCAGAUGGCCGACACAACAAGGAGGAGAUGGGAAGUGAGAUGAUGACAAUGACUCUAGGAAACUUUAAAAUGUUUCUUAUAGGGAAAAUAAAUUCUGAACAAAUA